AUGGUGGGCGAGUUCAUUGUUUGCAUUGAUGGGAUUAUAACCUCCACGGCAUGUUUAGGAUCAGUUGGCGAUGGAAGACACUCUGAUUGUGAUGCCCUUCUUAACGUUGACCUUUCUCACAAUAGCAGAGAAGGGUGUUCCUCUUCUUCUUUUUCUUCUUCUUCUUCGCACGUGGAUGAUGUUUUUGAGUGCAGAAUAUGCCAGGAAGAAGAUCAAGUCAAAGCCUUGGAGGCCCCUUGUUCCUGUAAUGGCACUCUCAAGUUUGCUCAUAGGAAGUGUAUCCAGAGAUGGUGCAAUAAGAAAGGAAAUACUAUAUGUGAAAUCUGUAAUCAGGCGUUUUCACCAAAUUAUUCUCUUCCACCGGUCAGAAGCAAUGACAUUAUGGAAAUUGAUAUGAGGCAAGAAUGGGGGCAUGAUACUGAUCUCCAUGUGGCUCUAGCUUCAGCAGAGCACCAGUUGCUGCAAACUGAGUAUGAAGAUUACGCUGUGACACAAACCAGUAGCAUUGCUUGCCUCCGCUCUGUCACUCUAAUGUUGCUGAUAAUUUUGCUUGUACGCCAAGCUUUAGUGGUCACAAAGAACUCCACAACUGGGCACAAUGCAUCUACAAUCUUUAAUUUUGAGAUGUCACUCCUUCAAUUUGCCGGCAUUCUUUUGCCAUGCUACGCAAUGGCACGGUCCUGGUAUGUCAUACAGAACCGAAGAAGAAGACAGGGUUAAUGGAGAGAACAUAGAUGACAAUAUUUUAGUUGGCUGUGACAAUAUCUUAGUUGGCUGUCACAAAAAUGGAGCAGUUACAGACCGACGCUACAUGAUUUUGUUUGUCAAAUGCAUUGAAAUUGUAUAUAUUAACCAUGCCGUGGUAAAAUAUCAUGAAAUGAAGCGUUCUUCCCAUUUCCAUGGAAAGGGAAAUGGUAGCAGCAUAUUUCAAGUGUGGUGCACUCUCACAAACAUGAAAUUAGCGUUUGGAUAGGGAUGGAGUCAGAAAAAUUUCCAAGGGACAAGAGGUUGAUUGGUUCUAAGU